AUGUUGACCCCGUUAUAUUUUCUUCCCGUUGUGCUAUUGGCGGCAGCAGCAGCCACCUCGAAGAGGGUGGAGAGCCUCGCGGUGGCUCCUAGCUGCCAGGCGAGCUGCGGCGGCGUGGACAUCCCCUACCCUUUCGGCAUCGGUACUGGCUGCUUCCGCAAGGGCUUCGAGAUCGAAUGCAUCGACAGCGGCCCCGUGCUCGCCGGCACCUCCCUUCAAGUGGUGUACCUUUCAAUGGAUCCUGCAGAGUCGCUGGUGAUGCUCCCCGUCGCGUGGCAGUGCUAUAACGCAUCCAGUCCAGGGGAAGCCGAGGACUACAGCAAUGGCGAGACAAAUAUGAACAAGGACGGCGUGUACCGCAUCUCCAACACGCACAACAUGCUCGUCGUCCUCGGCUGCAACACCUUCGGGUUCACGGCGAGCGCGGGGAAUGACAUCAAGGGGUGCAUGUCCUACUGCAACAACUCGGCAAGCGCCCAGGACGGCAUGUGCGCCGGCGUCGGGUGCUGCCACGUCGACAUCCCGCCGGGGCUCACCGACAUCCACUUCAAGUUCUGGGCGUACGACCACUCCUCCGUGAUGGACUACAGCCCCUGCGACUACGCGUUCCUCGUCGACAGGACCAACUACACCUUCAGGCGCUCCGACCUGCGCAUGGACAGGAACCGGACCUCGCCGGUGCGGCUAGACUGGGCCAUCCGCGACAACGACAACGCCAUGUCCGGCGCCAUAUUGUCGUGCGCCGACGCGGCCAAGAGCACCACCACCACCCUGGAGUACGCCUGCAUUAGCGAUCACAGUGAGUGUGUUGACUCCAUCAAUGGGCCUGGCUACAGCUGCAGCUGCUCCGAUGGCUACGAGGGCAAACCCUACGUUGUCAAAGGAUGCACCAGUCGUUGGUCCAGCUGUUCGAACUAAUCUUGUUAUUAGUAUCAAGUUUAAAGUUUGAUCCUAUUUAUUUUCGUGUAACCAUGUCACCGGCCGGAAGCUCUG